GAUGACAUCAUUCAGGCGGAGGUGACCUGUAAACACGCUAAGAUGGAGGUCUCCAUCUCAAAGUGUAAGCUCUUCCAGCUGGGCUUCGAGCGAGAAGACGUCCGGAUCAACGACGAGCACUGCGGAGGCAUCGAGGGCGAAGACUUCAUCUCCUUCCACAUCAACAACACCAAGGGCCACUGCGGAUCCAUCGUACAGUCUAACGGGACCCACAUCAUGUAUAAGAACACGGUGUGGAUUGAGAGCGUGAACAACACGGGGAACGUGAUCACGAGAGACCGCACCAUCAACGUUGAGUUCUCCUGCGCCUACGAGCUGGACCUGAAGAUCUCUCUGGAGACCGUCCUCAAGCCCAUGCUCAGUGUGAUAAACCUGACGUUACCGACUCAGGAGGGGAACUUUGUCACGAAGAUGGCUCUGUAUAAGAACUCUUCGUACAGAAACCCCUACAGAGAGGGCGAAGUGGUGCUCAGCACGCGGGACAUCCUCUUCGUCGGAGUCUUCGUCGAGGGAGCCGACGAGAACCAGCUGAUCCUUAUCGUCAACAUGUGCUGGGCCACGCCGUCACGAUACAGCAGCGACCGCCUGCGCUACAUCAUCAUCGAGAGAGGGUGUCCGAACAUCAAGGACAACACCAUCGGGAUGGCAGAAAAUGGCGUGUCGUUGACUUGCCGUUUCCACGUCACCGUCUUCAAAUUCAUCGGAGAUUACGACGAGGUUCAUCUCCACUGCGACGUCACGCUGUGCGACUCGGAAAUUAGCGCCUGCAAAGUGAACUGUCCUCACAAAAGAAGGAUGUACUCAGAGGAAGGUAACCAUCAAGAGCACAUCCUGAGUGUGGGGCCCAUCAGAAGGAGAGGUGAGUCGAAUCAGUUCAGGUUUUGA